AGAUCAAAAGCAACCAUCCAGUUCGAUCUCAGACUUGGUUUGCUGCGGACCGCGCGCGCGUCAUGUGCACAGGAGCAUUGUAGAAAGAGCGGUGCAUUUUCUUACAAGGAACACGCACGUUUUCUUAUUAUUUUUUUUCGUCCAAUACAUAACGAGACUUUCGACGCGCAGUUGCUAUAUAUUUUGUGUUAUUGCACAUAACAAUUGAGAUUUGAUUUAAAAAAAAUAAAUCUUAUAAACUGUGACUGAGGGAUCUAUAUCCCUGGAUUAUUAAUUUCAUUUGUGCUUCAAUAUAAAAAUCAGAAUAGAUUAAUAGAGAAUAUGAUUCUGAGAUACAAGUGACUUGAUAUUUGAAAGAAAAAAAAAGAGGAAAAAGAUUUUAAGGAGAGGAACAGCAAACAACAAAGUAGUGUGUUGCAGUGUGAUUAAGUGUUGAGAUUUUAUAAUCAAUGCAUCUACCCAACAAUCAGUGCCAGAGUCCACCAAUGCCUGCAACAGUGAAUGAUAUGUUCUCCAAUGUGCACGAAGUGUUGCAGGAGUAUCAUGGUGAAUUGGUCCAAACUGGAUCACCAGCUGUUCUAUGUUCUGCCCUCCCAACGCACUGGCGCAGCAAUAAGAGUCUGCCGUGUGCAUUUAAAGUCGUUGCCCUCGAUGAUGUCCAAGAUGGUACCAUAGUGUCCAUCAAAGCGGGCAAUGAUGAGAAUUACUGUGCCGAAUUGCGAAAUCACACGGCUGUGAUGAAAAAUCAAGUGGCUAAAUUCAAUGACCUACGCUUUGUAGGACGUAGCGGUCGGGGGAAGUCAUUCUCAAUCACAAUCAUCAUAAGUUCUUACCCAUCGCAAAUUGCUACAUACACUAAAGCCAUCAAAGUCACCGUUGAUGGACCCAGAGAGCCCCGAUCGAAGCAAAGCUAUGGCUAUGGUCAUCCUGGUGGUUUCAAUCCGUUCAUACUGAAUCCGGGCUGGCUGGAUGCUGCUUACAUGUACGCAUGGCCCGAUUAUUUUCGCCAUCAGACACAUCAUUCAGCGCUCGUAGCCAAAGGUUCUCCAACACUACCACCUAAUGCGUCGACUGUGCUACCACCAACGACAGUUGGAUCGGAAUUUUUGCCACUCAGCGCACCGGGUGGUGGCAAUGGCCAACCCCCUGCCCUACCUCCAACACCCCCAAGUGGGAAUGGACUCCUUCCACCACCGACAGCUGCCUAUCUGCCCCAGUUUCCCUUCCCAAUGGCACCAGAGCUUUUACCCAAGAAUCCCUUCCUGCCCUAUGACUUUGCCGCCCUCAGGGCUGCUCAUCAGCGCACUCUGCAACAGGCCAGCAAUCCCGUAGGAGCUUCUCUUGCAUCAGUACCUGUCGGUGACCACGUGAGACUCUCACCGGCCUCAUCACGCCCAUCAUCCUCGAGUCCACCGUCGUCCCAGGAAGCCACAGCCAAAGUAAACUCGUCCCUCGAUCUCAACUCCAAUCACGACCAAUCUUCCGACGAUUCCGACGAUGAACCCAUUGACGUGGUAAAAUCCGCCUUUGUACCCAUCCUGAGACCAAAGCAGGAGCACAUCUCAGCCUCAACUCCAGACUCCAUUGCCCCGGACGCUGUAUCACCCAGGCAACAAUCAUCCACCCCUUCACCCCAAGGAAGACAAAAGUGUGAACUGAAAGCCGUCUCCAGUCGCAAGCAUGUCCUUCAUGAAAUUGCCCCAUCAGCUACAGGACCUCGGUCGACAUCCCCCGAUACAACAAAAAUUAAAUCCGCCACAAUUCCCGCACAAAUAACAGUCUGGCGGCCAUAUUGAGGACCGGAUAAGCACCCCUGGCUGGCCCUCCUUUUCCGGGCCAACGGGCACAAUCUCUCGUGAUAGUAACAUUUAAGGAUAAAACUCACAAUCUCUUCUAUAAGCUUAACUACAAUUUCGGUGGCAUAACACACAAUUGCAAAAGGAUUCUGAAGAUAAAAAAAUAUCGGACUUUUGUGGAGUGGCAUAGAGUGAACGUGGAAAUUUAGUGAAAAUGUAAAGUGUAAAUAUUAAAUUUAUAUAAGAAAAAUGUUAUAUAGAAAUGAAUGAAAAUAAGAAAACAAAACAUAAUAAUAAAUUA